AUGACCAAAGCUGUAACCGGACCGGUUCUCCUGAACAUCCUCCACCUGCUCCCGCUGCUGCUGCUUCAUGUCUCACCGGUGUGUCUGUCCGCGCAGCCGGGGCAUCCUGCGCGGUACUUCGGCAAAAUAGCCGAGAACUCUCCGGUUGGGACGCCGGUGGACGGGGUGGUGAUUUCGCUCGGAGCCGCCGGCUGCCACGGUGCGGACCUCAAAGCCAGCCUAAAGGGGGAUUACGCGUCGGAUUUUCGGCUUGUUCACUACCACGGACAUCGGGACUACAGGGGUCAUCUGGGUUUGAUCUCCGCCAAACCUCUGGACCGGGAAUUUAUAGCGAUGUAUGAGUUGGCUGUGGAGCUGUCGCCUCGGUGUCUGAGGAGACCAGCCGCCAUCCAGGUCGAAGUGUCGGACAGGAACGACAACAUCCCCCGGUUCACCAGCGGGAACAAGACGGUUGAGGUAGAUGAACUGACUCCUCUCGGAACCGAGCUGGCCCGCUUUGACGCGAAGGACGGUGACGCGGAGAGGAACGGACGUGUCACUUUUUACGCGUCGCCGGAGUCGUACCUGCUCCACGUGGUUCCGCAAACUGGGCAGGUGAGGCUUGUCGGAUCCCUAAUUGGGGUCAGCCAGGUGACUCUGCGCCUGUACGUGAAGGACGGCGGGGAUGUAGCGCUGGUCGGUGACCCGGUGUUCCUGCGCAUCGACGUCCGCCGGUCCAACAGAGCGCGGCGGAGACCCCGGGCUCUGUCCGAGGAGCUGACCUACACGGUAACCGUCCCAGACCACGUCAGAGUCGGUGACCUGGUGUUCACGGUGCCCGACCAGAGGUUCGAUCAGAAGUGGUUCGAGGUGAUAUCCGAGGCGGACUCUCCGGUCCAGAUUGAGCGGGACUCGGGGCGGUUGUACCUGGCGCGCAGUCUGCGGGAGCCCGCCGAGGUGGUGGUGAAGAUCCAGAACCUCCGAGGUGACGAGUGGUACCUGUGCAGGUUGACUCUGAGCAUGCCCAGUCAGGCCGACCUGCAGUGGGCCAUGUUCCCUUCACCUUACCUGGGGGCCAUCAGUCCUGAUGCCACGCCUGGCUCCGUAGUGUACCGGCUGUUGGCACGGCAACGAGACGGGUCGCUGGGACAAGCCCACUUCGUCCUGCUAGAUGGUGGUGAGGACUGCUUCGAGGUGGACCGUCGCUCCGGUGACAUCAGGACCACCGGGCGACCUCUGACCCCGAGCAAAGAGUACCGGCUGCGGGUGCAGGCGGUGGACGGACUCGGUCGCAAAGGCCCAGCAGCCACCGUGUCGAUCCUCGCCGGCUUCCGACCGCCGCAGUUCACCAACUCCACCUACAGCCUGAACGUCCUGGAGAACACGCCUGUUGGCCAACCUGUUGCAGUGGUUCAGGCCAUCUCCUUCCAGAAGAAGAGUCUGUCCUACAUGCUGCUGGUGAAUCCUGGAAAUCUGUUCAGCAUCAACCAAGAGAGCGGUGCGCUCAGCCUCACCAGGAGCGUUGACUACGAGAGCGGUCACAACCUCCACACCCUGCAGGUCCGAGCCUCCGAGCCCGACACCAGCCUCAGUGGCGUGGCGGAGGUGGUCGUCCACAUAACAGAUGAGAACGACUGCACGCCAGAGUUCCUCCACUCCAUCUACACCAGAGACAACAUACCUGAGAGCAUCGCACCUGGAACCUCACUGCUGCAAGUUCUGGCCCGAGACUGCGACUCCGGCGUCAACUCGGAGCUCUCUUACUUCGUUCCCAGCGGCGACUUCGACAUCACGUCGGGAGGCGUGGUCAGCCCCGCCCGUCGCCUUGACUACGAGCGGCCCAAUCACAUCUACGAGUUCGUGGUGGUCGCCGUGGACGCGGGGACGCCCCCGCGCACCGGGACGGCCUCCGUCCGCAUCCGGGUCGCCAACAGCAACGACGAGGCGCCCGUCUUCUCCCAGAGCGUGUAUAAGACCUUCCUCAGUGAGGAUGCCGGUCCUGACACGCUGGUCGCCAUCGUCCACGCCAACGACCCAGACGGUGACGCCGUCUCCUACGCCAUCACCGGCGGCAACGAGGACAGCAACUUCCUGCUGGACAACCAGAAAGGCAUCAUUAAGCUGCGGCGGAGUCCACCUCCCCGCCUGAGGGGUCCUCAGUACGUCCUCAACAUCACCGCCACCGACGACAACGCGUCCGGUGGGCCGUAUCCUCUCAGCAGCUCUGCACAGGUCAUCGUGGGAAUCAACGACAUCAACAACAACAAGCCCGUGUUCCAGGAGUGUCAGAACUACAGUUUGAAUGCGGCGGUCUUGGAGAACCAGCCACCAGGGACGUUCGUCCUGCGCGUCCAGGCCCACGACGCUGACAUGGGGGUCAACGGAGAGGUCAAAUACGGCAUCAUGCACAGAGACGGAGUGUCGUCUGGGUUUGACAUUGAUCCUGACACUGGUGUGAUCACCACGGCGGUGAGCUUUGACCGGGAGCGUCAGAGGGAGUUCACGCUGUCGGUGACGGCCACCGAUCAGGCCGAGGAGCCGCUCAUCGGGAUCUGUCAGAUCACAGUGCUGAUCUCAGAUCAGAACGACAAUGACCCCAAGUUUGAAAACAGCCGCUACCAGUAUUUCCUGAGGGAAGACACCCCGGUCGGGACUAGUUUCCUGCGAGCGGCGGCGCACGACGACGACCAGGGAAGUAACGCCGCCAUCACCUAUUCGCUGUCCAAUCAGAAGCCGGCGUAUUUGCACAUCAACCCGAGCACAGGCUGGAUUUAUGUCAACCAUCCCAUCUCACAGACAUCCAGGAUCAGUCAGCAGAUCGUGGCGUCAGACGGAGGGAACCGCAGCAGCUCCGUGGAGCUGACCGUCAUCAUCACCAACGUCCACAACCAGCCGCCACACUGGGAGCAGCCAGAGUACUGGGUCACCGUGCCAGAAAACACCGUCCGAGACGCCAAGAUAGUGACCAUCAAGGCUACGUCUCCGCUCGGCGACCCCCGUGUGACCUACAACCUGGAGGAGGGUCAGGUGCCGGAAACCAACAUGCCGGUGCGGUUCUACAUCAAACCGAACCGGGCGGACGGCUCAGCUUCCAUCCUGGUGGCGGAGAACCUCGACUUCGAGACGACGCGCUUCUUCACGCUGCGAGUGCGAGUCCAGAACGUCGCUGCUGUGCCGCUCGCCUCCUUCACCACUGUCUACGUCAACGUGACGGACGUGAACGACAACGUCCCUUUCUUCCUGUCGUCCACCUACGAGGCGACGGUUCCCGAAGGAGCCCAGAUCGGCACGUCGGUGGCUCAGGUGUCGGCCACGGACCUGGACUCCGGUUUGCACGGGAUGGUCCACUACGUGAUCCUGAAGGACGAAAGCGGCGAUUCUCAGUUCUUCAGCAUCGACUCGCGCAGCGGCGUCAUCGUCACUCGAGCCUCUUUCGACCGCGAGCAGAAAGCUUCCUACCUGAUCGAGGUGCAGUCGCAGGACGGCUCGGAGUCGGCUCGACCGGGCCAGCAGGGCCAGCCCAACACAGACACGGCCUACGUCAGGAUCUUCAUCACCGACGUCAACGACAACGCCCCGGCGUUCGCCCAGCCGGUGUACGAGGUGAGCGUGGAGGAAGACAAGGAGGUCGGCUUCGUCCUCAUCACCGUCACCGCCAACGACGAGGACGAAGGCGCCAAUGCCAAACUGCGCUACCAGAUCACCUCUGGAAACACCAUGGGCACCUUCGACGUGGAGCCCGAGGUGGGCACCAUCUUCGUGGCCCAGCCGCUCGACUACGAGAUGGAGCAGCGCUACGAGCUCCGGCUGGUCGCCUCCGAUGGGAAGUGGGAGAACGAGACGCUGGUGGUGGUUCACGUGGUCAACCGCAACGACGAGGCGCCCGUUUUCAGCCAGACCGAGUAUCACGCCGCGGUGACGGAGGAGCUCACCCAGCUGCCCGUCUUCAUCCUGGAGGUGUCGGCCACAGAUCCAGAUCAGGAAGCCGACCAAACCGCUCUCCGCUACUCCCUCCAUGGCCAGGGUGCUGGUGGCGAGUUCACCAUUGACGAGCGCACUGGGAGAAUCUACGCUCAACGCCGCCUGGACCGCGAGGAGCGUCCUGCCUGGAGAUUCCUCGUCCUCGCCACAGACGAGGGAGGGGCGGGGCUCACGGGGUUUGCCGAUGUGCUGUUAGAAGUCCGAGACAUCAACGACAACGCCCCCUUCUUCCCGUGCCCGGCGCUGGAAGUAGACGGAUGUUUCGUCGGCCAAGUGCCUGAAAAUUCACCUGCCGAUACCUCCGUCAUGGAGAUGCGUGCCAUGGACCUGGAUGACCCCAACGAGGGGAAGAACGCCAUGCUCACCUACAGCAUCAUCAAGAACAUUCGCAACGAGAUCAACCUCAACCUGUUCUCCAUCAACGCCUCAACAGGGACCAUCUACACAGUGCUACGUUCCCUGGACCGGGAGGUGGAGGACCGGUAUCUGGUGGUGGUGGAGGCCAGAGAUGGAGGGGAUUUGGCCGGGACAGGGACGGCCACCAUUAUGAUUUCAGAUGUCAAUGACCACCCACCUGUCUUCACUCAGAGGGUCUACACGACGCAGGUGACUGAGGACCUCGAAGUCAAUAGCGAAGUUCUUGUAGUUUCUGCAACGGACGGAGACGAGGGCGAGAACGCUGUGGUAACCUUCAGCAUCGUGGGCGGCGACGAGGACAGGAAGUUCUUCGUAGAGACAGACAAAGUGAAUCGACGUGGCGUCAUAAAGCUCAAGAAGAAGGUCGACUUCGAGAAACCCCACGAGAGGACCUUUAAUCUGACCCUGAAGGCCGAAGAUGCGGAUUUCUUCAGCCUGGCCCACUGUCUGGUUCAGGUGGAAGACUCCAAUGAUCAUGCUCCCGUCUUCUUCCCACAGUUCUAUGAGUCACCAGCCUUGUCUGAAGAUGUACCUGUGGGGACAAUUGUUGCUCAGGUUACAGCCUCUGAUCUCGACUCGGGCCAAAAUGGACGCUUUUCUUACAGUAUUUCCAAAGAGUCCGACCCCUACAGUCAGUUCCUAGUGGACCAGUCCGGCUGGGUGGUGGUGGCCGAUUCUCUGGACAGGGAGAAGAUCUCGCAGCACAGGAUCAUGGUCCUCGCGACGGACGCCGGGAGUCCACCCCUGACCGGCACGGCCAUCGUCAUGGUGACUGUACUUGACGUUAACGACAACGGCCCGGAGUUCGAGGUCACCUACAAGCCUGUUGUUUGGGAGAACACAGCGGCCCCGGAGCCGGUACGAAUGAACGAAACCUCGCUGCUCCUUCACGCCACCGACCGCGACACGUCCACCAACGGCGGCCCGUUCUCCAUACGGCUCCUCAUGCUCACCUCGGACGCCACCAACUUCAACCUGACCGACUUCCGGAACGGCAGCGCAGCCGUCACCGCCCUCCGCACCUUCGACCGCGAACGCCAGAAGGAGUACCGCCUCCCGAUUCUCAUGAUUGACAGCGGGUCUCCCCCGAUGAGCUCCACCAGCACGCUAACGGUCGUCAUCGGCGACAGGAACGACCACCCGCACUCACCGGGACACACCAACUUUAUUGUCUACAGUUAUGAGGGUAUUCUCCCGACAACGGUGCUUGGACAAGUUCAAUCCCCCGACCUUGAUGACUGGAGUGAGAAAGUGUACCGGUUCGAAGGCAAGCCGAGCAGGUUGUUCAGUCUGAACCAGAGCUCAGGUCAGCUCAGUAUCAGGGAGGGAACUCCUCCCGGCUCGUACCGCCUGAGGGUGCGCGUGUCAGACCACAGCUGGCCCGACGUCACCUCCAGCGCCCAGGUGGAUGUCACAGAGCUGCGGCAGGAAGCCUUGCAGAACGCUGCCUCCAUCCGCCUGACCAAUCUGACAGUGGAGGAGUUCUUCAGCGGCGUGAGUGGAGGUGAGGGGAGCCGAUUUUCCCGUCUGGGCCGGACGCUGGCCGAACUCCUUCAGACUUUGCCAGAAAACGUCCAGAUCUUCUCCGUGGGUGCCGCUGGACAGCCGGGCGAGAAGGCGCUCAACGUUUGGUUCGCCGCCCACGGUUCGCCGUACUACAAGGCGGAGAAGCUGCACGCCAAAAAGCUGAAGCCCUGCCUGGGGAGUCUGGAGGCCACGUUGGGCGUGUCCGUCUCUCAGGUGGGCGUGGACGACUGUCCCUCCACAGACUGCAGUCAGUCCGGCGGCUGCAGCAACGAGGUUUCGUUCAGCCAGACGCCGGCGGCCCUCAGCUCCGGCAACGUCUCUCUGGUGUCGCUGUCGGCCUCUUCCACCGCCCGGUGUGGCUGCAAGGGCCGAGAGGCGCUCCACCUGCCCUGCUCCUCCUACCCUGUCAGCCCCUGCCUCAACGGGGGCACCUGCCAGGACGGACCGCUGGGAUACCGAUGUAAGUGUCCUCCGAUGUUCGACGGCCCCGAGUGCCAGCAGACCAAACACAGCUUCGGCGGUCAGGGCUACGCCUGGUUCCCUCCCAUCAUGCCGUGCUUCCAGAGCCACAUCUCGCUGGAGUUCCUGGCUGAGACGUCCAACGGGCUGCUCCUCUACAACGGGCCGCUCGGUCCCGUCCACUCUGGGGAGCAGGAGGACUUCAUCGCAGUAGAGUUGAGGAACGGGGUUCCAGCUCUGAGCAUAAACCACGGAUCAGGAACGCUGACCCUGCAGCUCCCGCCCAAAUCCACCGUCACCGACCGGCGCUGGCAUCGCCUCGACAUCAUCAGCGACGGAAAGGCCGUUCAGCUGAUCCUGGACCAGUGUGGAGGGGUGGCGGUGAAUGAGUUGGAGGGUGUCGGAGGGGAGGCUCAGGAUACCGACCAGUCCAGCUGCAGAGCUGCAGGAGAGACACCUGGGAACCAGCGGUAUCUGAAUGUUUUCCAGCCUCUUCAGUUGGGAGGCGUGAAAGACAUGUCUCCUCACCGCCGUUAUCGCAGUUUCACCGGCUGCAUCCGCAACCUGGUGGUCGACAGUCAGGUGUACGAUCUGGCGUCUCCAGGUGAGAGCGUGGACAGCACCCCGGGGUGCAGGCUCACAGACGGGGUGUGCGUGACGGCGGCGGGUCCCUCUUGUGGGCUUCACGCUUCCUGCCUCGCCGACUGGGGCUCCUUCAGCUGCGAGUGCCACGCAGGAUACACCGGACACAAGUGUGACAAAGCCGUCCCAGAGUUCUCCUUUGACUCGGGCAGCGUGGUGCGUUUCCAGCUCAGAGGAGGCGGCAGCUCCCGACGCACCAACAUCCAGCUGCUCCUUCGAACCAGAGCCACGUCAGGUACUCUGCUGUCGGUGGCGUCGCGGGAGGCGAGCGAGUACAUCAUCCUGGAGAUCGUAGAGGGUCACAUCUCGGUGCGUGCCAACCUGGGCGAUGCUGCCCACGCGCUGAGGCUCCCCGGCCAGCGAGUCGACAUCGGGCAGUGGGUGCUGGUUAGCCUCAGUCGCCAUGACAACAUGUUCACCCUGAGGCUAGAGCAGGGCGGAGGUUCGCGGGAGGUCCAGGCCCAGCUGGGGAGCCGCAGGGAGAUGGUGGUUCACCCGGCCAGCCUGAUGGUUGGCAACGGACUGAGCGCCGGAGACAAGGCCAACUUUCAAGGCUGUCUGCGGGACCUUCGCUUUAACGGUCAGGUCCUCCCUCUGGACGGGCAGAGCCGGGACCUGGUGACGGUGCUGGAGAGGCGGGGCGUCACCUCAGGGUGCUCCAGCGACGCCUGCAGCAGCCAACCCUGCCGCAGCCCGCUGCGCUGCAUCGACCUGUGGAGGAAGCACCAGUGCAAGUGUCCCGGCGGUCAGGUGACGGUGACGGACGAUUCGGGUCAGCAGCGUUGUGUGCCGUCGCCCUGCGGACCUUCCUCCUGCCGUAACGGCGGCGUCUGCCAGGCGCUUUCGCCCGACAGCUACCGGUGCCGGUGUCAGGAGGGCUUCAGGGGUCAGCGGUGCGAGCUGGGCCAGGUCAAAGGUCACCGGCUGGCCGCCCUGAGCCCCAGCUCCAUCCUGGCCAUCAGCAUGUGUCUGCUCGUCUUCUUCGCGGUGCUGGUGGCGGUGACGGUGUGGAACCAGAAAGGCAGCCGAAACAAGUUCAGGAAGCGAGGAGUUUACCACAUCCCAGCUGAGCACGAGAGCUGGGAGGACAUCCGUGAAAACAUCCUCAACUACAACGAGGAGGGAGGGGGAGAGCAGGACCAGAACGGCUACGACAUCACAGAGCUGAAGCGUCCUCUCUGCUCCAGUCUGUCCCAGUCGUCCUCCUGCACCACCGCCCCGCUCAUCAAGUCCUCGCCGGGCUCCCAGGAGGAGGUUCAUCCGUCCGGUUCCUCCUGCAGCUCGGGCGCUCCCUACCUCAGCAUCCCCCACCACCAUCACCACCACCACCACCACCAGCAGCACGCCGCCAACUACAACGGCGACGCCACCUACGCCAACUUCACCACUCCUCACGUGGGCAGAGACGUGGACGCGGGCAGCUACGCGGACGCCCCGGCCGGGUCGCGCUCCCACGUGGACUUCAAAAGCUACGUGGCGAGGAUCAUCUGGGAGGCGGACAACGACAGCGAGGCUUUCCCGCCAGAUGCCUACCACGUCUGGUGCGUGGAAGGCUCCGGGUCUUCAGCAGGAAGCCUGAGCUCGCUGGGGUCGGCCGCAUCCUGUAGAAACGUCGCCGCCGGCCGGGGAGACAAAGAGGAAGAAGAGGAGGAGGAGGAAGAUGAUGAAGGGGGGUUUGUUUGUGACAGGCUGUCUCGCUGGGGCCCAAAGUUCCAGGCACUGAGUGAGAUGUACGACCGGCCCCAGCUGGCCCUCUCGUACAGGGACGCCAUGGCCUACAUACAGAGGAGCCACAGCCAUGAACCUCUGCCUCAUCACCACUAG